GAGGGCGGGGCAAGGGCGGCGGCGUUCGCUUGGGUACCUCCGGCGUCUCAUCCUCUCUCUUCACCCUACUCCGCGUCCUCCUCAGCGUCCUCUCCGUCGCACUCCUUGGCCCCCGGGCCACACGCCGCUGCCUGUCCUCCUCCUUGCCCUCCCCGUGCCUACCGCCAUGGGCCGUCGCCCGCCGUGCUGCGGGGCCGAGGGCAGCUGAGGGGCAGCGCCAACAUGGGCAAGGGCGGAGCUGGGCCCGAGAGCCAGCCCGAGCAGCCCGGGAGCCCCGUGCGCGCACGCCCGCGCCGCCGCGGGGAUGCCCGCGCCCGCCGCCGCGCCCUGAGCGCCUUUGUCUGCCGCCCGCUCUGCCCGCCGCACCACUGGCCUCGCGGGCCCGCGCUGCGGCCCGGAGCGCGUCCAUGAAGAUGGAGCCGGGCCGACCGGCUUCCCCCACGGGCUGCCCGUGCCCUGACCCGGAGCCGGGUGGACUCGACUGGCCGGGGAUCGCCCCUACGGCCGCAGAUCCUGCCCUGCGCCCGGGUCUCAGCCAGCUGGACGCUGCCGACGUGAGCGCCGAGCGGGUUCCGGCGGCCUCUUACCUGCCGCCGAGUCAGGCCUCCUGUCCUGACCCCGAUCCUGACCCUGAUCAGCAACUGACAGAACUCGGCCCGCUUUUUUUCUGGACUACAGAGCCAGAGGAUUAUGGGCCCCAAAGUUGCCAGGAGAGCACGUCUCUCUACGCGCAGGAUUUUAGCCACAGCAACCACGGGAGGGGCGAGGUCGACUUCUUUCCUUCCUUACCCUCGCCAACGGUGGAGUUGACCCUGGAGGUGGGUCCCGGGGACGCGCACCAGCCAUCGGACUUAAGCCAGACCUGCUCCCUCACGAGCGAGCACACGGGGUGUGCGGAGGACGGCCCCCGCCUUCGAGCGGUGUUCGAUGCCCUGGACGGUGAUGGGGACGGCUUCGUCCGCAUGGAGGACUUCGUCCAGUUCGCCACGGUCUACGGGGCAGAGCAGGUGAAGGACUUAACGAAAUACUUGGAUCCAAGUGGGCUCGGCGUGAUCAGUUUUGAAGACUUCUGCCGAGGGAUCACAGCGAUCAGAAAUGGAGAUUCUGAUGGCCAGCUGUGCAGCAUUGUACCUGCCCAGGACGAGGGGCCACAGGCCUGCCCUGAUGAGUUCGAGGACUUCGUUACUUUUGAGGCCAAUGAGGUAACAGACAGUGCGUACAUGGGCUCCGAGAGCACCUACAGCGAGUGCGAGACCUUCACCGACGAGGACACAAGCACCCUGGUGCAUCCUGAGCUGCAGCCCGAAGGAGACAUGGACAGUGCGGGUGGCUCGGUCAUGCCCUCCGAAUGCCUGGAUGCCAUGGAGGAGCCUGGCCAUGGUGCUCUGCUGCUGUUCCCAGGCAGAUCCCACCUGCACAGCCAGUCCGUCGUCAUGGUGAUAGGUGGCGAGGAGCAUUUCGAGGACUAUGGUGAGGGCAGUGAGGCGGAACUGUCCCCAGAGACUCUCUGCAGCGAGGACCCCGGCUGCGGAGAUGCUGCCUUUCUCACCCCCAGUCCGACGAAGCGGCUCUCCAGCAAGAAGGUGGCAAGGCACUUGCACCAGUCGGGGGUCCUGACCAUGGAGGCCCUGCAGGAUCCCCCCCCAGACCCCGUGGAGGGCAUGGAAGAGGACAUUGCGGACAAGGUUGUCUUCUUGGAGAAGCGGGUGUCAGAGCUGGAGAAGGAUACUGCUGCCAAUGGGGAGCAACACAGCCGGCUGAGGCAGGAAAAUCUCCAGCUGGUGCACAGAGCCAAUGCCCUCGAGGAGCAGUUGAAGGAGCAGGAGCUGAGAGCUUGUGAGAUGGUCCUGGAAGAGACACGGAAGCAGAAGGAGCUCUUGUGCAAGAUGGAGAGGGAGAAGAGCAUUGAGAUCGAGAACCUGCAGGCCAGGCUGCAGCAGCUGGACGAGGAGAACAGUGAGCUGAGAUCCUGCACACCCUGUCUGAAGGCCAACAUCGAACGCCUGGAGGAGGAGAAGCAGAAGCUGCUGGAUGAGAUUGAAGAGUUGUCGCUGCGGCUCAGUGAUGAGCAGGAAAACAGGAGGAAGUUAGGUGACAGGCUGAGUCAUGAGAGGCACCAAUUUCAGAAGGACAAGGAGGCGACUCAGGAGCUAAUUGAGGACCUGCGCAAGCAGCUGGAGCAUCUACAGCUCUUCAAGCUGGAGGCAGAGCAGAGGAGGGGCCGGAGCAGCAGCGUAGGCCUGCAGGAGUACAAUAGCCGCACCCGGGAGAGCGAGCUGGAGCAGGAGGUCCGCAGGCUGAAGCAGGACAACCGUAACCUGAAGGAGCAGAACGAUGAGCUCAAUGGACAGAUCAUAAACCUGAGCAUCCAGGGUGCCAAGAACCUCUUCUCCACAUCCUUCUCCGAGUCUCUAGCCGCGGAAAUCAGCUCAGUCUCCCGUGAUGAGCUCAUGGAAGCAAUUCAGAAGCAGGAAGAGAUCAACUUCCGCCUGCAGGACUACAUCGACAGGAUCAUUGUGGCCAUCAUGGAGACCAACCCGUCCAUCCUGGAGGUCAAGUAGAGGCAGGCAAGCCCAGCCCAGGGUGAUUCCGGACUCCACCAACACCCCAGAGAUGGCCACGGCACACAUGGGCCCAGAAUAGCAGGUCCCAUGCCCAACGAGCCCAAAGCACACAGCUGAGCUGGAGCACAGAAAGAGGGUGGUGGAAGAAGGAGAAGGAAAGGGAAGCCCCGUGCUCUGAGCCCACAGCAGGUGCAGGUGGGAUCGGGCCUGCUCUCAGCUCUGGUCGCCUCCUGUUUGCAGAGGUGUGAGGACAGUGUCUCAGGCUGGUAUGAGCCCCUCUAUGAGCUCCUUCCCAUGUAGAAGACCCUCCUGCUGUCCUGCGCUGUCAGAGAAAAAGGAAGGAAAUGGGUUGCCACCUGGGGUACAGCCAUCUAUGUCUUCACAGGUACCCUAACAUGGUGCCACCCAGGCCUCAGCCACUCCUGGACAAUCUAGAGACCCCAGGACCCUUGCACCAGAUGUGGUAGGUGAAAGACAGGCAGUGAAGUUGGUACAAGUCAGGGUCUAACCAGCAGGGCCCCCCUCCCACAAGCUUUUCUGGGGCUAUCUCCCUGAGCUGCUCAGGCCACCACCCAGCCAGAAGAAGCAGCUCAGUCCAGCUUCAGGCCCAGGGGCCUCCGGCUACGUGGCUGUUUCACAGUUGCACCCUUGUUACAAUAACCUUUGGGGGCUCUCAUCCUCCUGUGGGGACUGGGGCAGGAGCCUCUGCUCUGAAAUCAGGACUCGAGAGUCUAAUAGGGUGGAAGGUCCUGUCUGGAUGAUGUGGACAUUGUCGGCCUUCUCUGACUCGCCACGGUGAGGUGUGGCCUCCCCAUGGGUAAGGCCCUCCUGGCCUCCUGAAUUACCCCUCCCUGUGCAGAUCUUGGCUGCGCCCGGUAAAGUCCCAUUUGCCCAGGCCAGAGUCCCAGUGUUUCCUCCAGGAAUCUAAAUCAUUAGAAGUCAUCAUUCUUCCCCAGGCUCAUUCUGCAGGAGGCUGGGCAGGGCAGGCUGUCCAAAGAGAGAGAUCAAGAGCAGAUAACAAGGCCUUCCCAGCGGCUUGGAGGUUCCUUUUAGGAAACCCUUACCCAGCUGUACGCUGCCACUGCCUGGCACCUGUGCUGCCAGGAGCAGCAGUGUCACCCCCACAGGGAUGCUGGGCCUGCUGGCCACCUGAGCCCGAGCACUGGCCACAGGCCUCCAGGUGCUCCCAGGUGGGCUGAGACCCCACACACAAACUGGCCACUGCUGCGUGCAAGUGUGUAUAUGAGGUGUAUGCACGCGUGUGUGUGUGUGUAAGCAUGUGUGUUGCCCUUCAUCCUUCAUCCUCCACAUGGCCCACCUUCUACACUAAGACUUAAGAUGUUGCCUCGUAUUGUAUAUUUUGGGGAAAGCCUUGGGUGUAAAUCAGUGUAAACUUGGAAGAGAGAUUUUUCUAUCAUUAGAGUAGGUAUUUUUUAUAGAUUGAAGGUUGAUCAAUUUUUUUAAUACUUCCAAGAGAGACUAUCUGUGUAUACACAUGAAAUAUAUAUAUGUAUGUAUGUACGUAUGUAUGAUAAUAAAUAUGGGAACUCUGCUUUCCGUGCCCAGCCUCACCCUGA